UUCUCCUCCCCUUCCUCCCUCUCUCUCUUCAUCAUCUCCAGCCUCCACCUGAGCUCCAUCUCUGCACACACACCUCUCUCUGUCGUCCCUGAGCCAGAUGGAAACCUCUGCCUUUCCCGGUGCUGCCGCAGCUGCACAGCGGCUGCUCCUGCUGUAGCCAGGCAGCUGCAGGACACCGCAGGGCGGGGAAGCAUCGUCGCAGGGGGCCGGUGUUGUGGAGCGGAUCUCUGGAGCUCUGACAGCGUCUCCUCUCUCAUGCUGCACGCUGCGGACCCGCAGAUAGAUGCACGGAAACACACACUUUUCCUUGAUGCGUAAUUGCAGCAGUGAGAGAAGCUGCAGGAGCCGAUUUAUUUCAGUGUGAGCUGCAGAAAAGGAGGAAGGAUGAGCCGCAGACGAGGGACAGGAGGACUCCUCUCCGUGUUCCUUUUCUUGUGUCUGCUGUGGACGCAGCUGCUGGUCACAGAAUCGUCCUCCGGUGAUCACGAGCUUCGUCUCUUCCCUUCUCGUCGCUCCAGUCGUCUCCCUCCACCCCUUCACCCCCAGCAUGACCUGAACUCGCAGCCUGAUGUGGACAGCCUUCCAGAGACCCACCCCCACCACCUCCACCACCACCACCAUCAUCAUCACCACCUCCACCAUCAGCACCCUGCCAGGUUAGCCAAAGUGAUGCCCGCCGCCCUGCUGGAGUCUCGGUUUCGUCAUCAGCCUGGCGGCCAGCGAACCCUCGACCUUCUGGCACGACCACAUAACGAGGUGCAGCCGGAGCACGCUGUGGUGUCCGCACGCCAUCUGGUUACCGUGUACCUGGCUGUGGAUGUGAGGAGGCUGAACAUCAGUCUUCUUCGCUGGUUUCGGGAAGGCGUAGCGGCAGCGCUGGGCGUUCCUCCGGGACACGUGCACAUCAACCGGCUGAAUGAGAAGAAGAAUGGCAUCGAGCUCUUCGUGUCCUCUGAUAGGCUGGGGAUCUCCGAGCCCCGCCCCGCUGAAGAGGUCAUCCAGUCACUGAACGUCAGGGUCCUUCAUCGCCACCUGGGACACUUUGGCAUCACAGAGGUCUCCACUGAGAAGAACGUGCUGCAGGGCGAGCAGAGGGAUCACGUGUGGAGCAGAGAGGGUUUCUACGCCGUCGUCCUCUUCUUCACCGUCUUCGUCAUCGUCAUCACCUGCUUGAUGGUUUUGUACCGACUUAAGGAGAAGGUUCAGGUUUCUGACAGACAGCUGAAAGCCCCGCCCCCUGAUGUCCACCUGACCCCGACUGUCCAAUCAGACUCUGCCCAGAAGUCAAAGGGCGCCAAGGUUGUGACGUCAGGAAGUAUGGUCCAAGCCCAGCUCCCUCCAGCUGUAGCCACGCCCAUUCCCCAGCCGCCGCCAAUCGUACCCUGCCGCCGCCUCGCUCCUCCUGUUGUCCCUCUGCCCAGCUCCGCCCCCGUCCCCAUUGUCAGCAGUAACAACCACGCCCCCCUGGCCAGCGUUGCCCCGGUGACAGCCGCUAACGAGCUAAAGCCCUGCCUCUCCCCCUUCAGGAUGAAACCUGCCGCAGGACUGCAAGAAAGACGUGGCUCUAACGUCUCUCUGGUGUUGGACAUGUCGGCUCUCGGCUCUGUGGAGCCGCUCAACAUUGCCGUGGUAACCCCCAGGGAGGCGGCGGCCAGGGAGUACCUGCUGUCAGCCGGCCGGCCUCUGACGCGACAGCAGCUCCGCGACGUCGUCAUCAACACGCACAAGCUGCACGCCGAGUUCGCUGAAAUCCCCAUGAAUUUCAUCGAUCCCAAAGAGCUCGAUAUUCCAAACCACGGGACCAAGAACAGAUACAAGACCAUACUGCCCAAUCCUCAUUCCAGAGUGAUCCUGAAGUCAAAGAGCUGCAACGACUUGCUGAGCUCCUACAUCAACGCAAACUACAUACGGGGUUACCUAGGCGAAGAGAAGGCGUUCAUCGCCACCCAGGGUCCCAUGGUGAACACGGUGAACGACUUCUGGCAGAUGGCGUGGCAGGAGGAGGCGCCCGUCAUCGUCAUGAUCACCAAACUGAAGGAGAAGAACGAGAAGUGUGUCUUGUACUGGCCGGAGAAGAGGGGAAUCUAUGGGAAGGUGGAGGUGUUGGUGAACAGCAUCAGAGAGUGUGAACACUACACCACUCGCAGCCUCACACUCAAGUGUGGGAAUCAAACCCGCGUGCUGCAGCAUUACUGGUACACAUCAUGGCCUGACCACAAAACUCCCGACUCCACGAUGCCGCUGCUGCAGCUGAUGACUGAUGUUGAGACAGACAGACAGACAGCUGCCGUCAUUGGACCGGUCAUCGUCCACUGCAGCGCUGGGAUUGGCAGAACAGGCUGCUUUAUCGCCACGACGAUAGGCUGUCGACAGCUGCAGCUGGAGGGAGUGGUGGAUGUUCUGAGCAUCACCUGCCGACUGCGAGCUGACAGGGGAGGUAUGAUCCAGACAGGUGAGCAGUACGAGUUCGUCCAUCACGCCUUGAGCCUGUACGAGGCCCGCCUCUCUGCAGAAACCGGCCAGUGAGCUCACACCACCACCACAGGAGGCAUCGACUUAAACCUGGAAGUGCGCUAACAUAGCGAAGUCCUUAUAGCAGGUAUGAUCUCGGAGGUCUUUGAGUUUGAUGGACAACCAAUAAGGACUGUUGUGGGCGGGGCCUGCUGACGGAAAGAGGAAAGGUACAUUUCAGAAAAUGGAAUAUACCCCUUCUUCUUCUCUGCUGUUUCUUCUUCGUGUGUUGUUGGCGAGCGAUUUUUCGGAGGAACUCGAAAGACUCACUUCACUUCUCUUAAACAACUGACUGUGGGAUCGUGUCGUUUUUAACUAACCAGACUGUCCUGUUACCUCUUUUCUGUCAUGGAGACGUAGAAAUAGUUCGACUGGAAUUGAUCGACAUUGUUCAAUAACACUGUUGUGUUUCUGUGUCUUAUAGGAUUUAAAAAUUAUUUUGUAACGUGGUGUUCUUAUGAGAAAGACUAUUGGAAAAUGACUGUUAGCUGGUUGCACCUUUGGUUAAGCUAAUAUACCACUGUUGAACCAACCCCUCCUGCCACACCGCCUUUGUGACUUCGGUCCUUCGUACGUUACCCUGUGAUUCCCAACAAACACUUGAUGUAUCUUCAAAGGUAUUUUCAUGAUCUCACAGAUGUCUUAACCACUGAAACUUAUUUUAAACUUCUCAGAAAUACUAAGUGUGUCAGCCCAAGUCACCUGACACUUGAUAACUACAUUUUUUUCAUAUUUAUAUGCUAACAAUACUUUAUGAUAUGUUUCAAAGUGUGCUAUUGUGUUUAACCAGACAGCGUUGAGUACGCAAGCUUUAUUUUGUUGUAUACAAUGCUACUUAAUGUGUAAUCAAGUAAUUUUUCAUCAAAAACCAACUAUGUAAUCUUUAUUUCUAGUAACUGCGUCUGUCUUUGGGUCGGUAACUUAUGGAGUGCCGAAGUCACAAAUGGCGCUAACCUUCAGCCAUAGCUCAAAUGCUAAAGCUAACAAACCAAUGUAACCAAUAAGCUCCUGCUAAGCUAGCUCUCGUAGUACAGCAAUCUUCCAUAGAGGCUAAUUCUAGCUUUGGUGGCUCAGUGUUAAUUCUUGUGCUUUAAUGUCAAUAGAUAGAUGCUAACCUAUAAGCUCAUGCUAAUAUUAGCCUGCUAUGCUAAUGCAAUAUUGUUAAAACCAAUUAAAUCCAGUAUUCCACUGCUAAACCAUGCAUUUAAAGUAAUAGUUAGUUUGCUACAACAAUUAUUCUUUAUACUGUCCAACAACUACAGCUCCCAUGAGCCUUUGAAAGCAGUACUGAGUCUAAGAAUUAUGGGAGCUGUACUUUUUAAAUGCUAACAAAAUAAUUGUUUUAUCUUUUAUUUUAAAUUAACAACACCCAAAAACACAUAAAGAAAUGGAGGCUAGUGGAAAAACAAGCUAGCUUAAAAAGUAGCCGCUCGCUUCCAGUCACAAUAUAUUUGAUUAAUUGAGCCCAGUGCUGUUAAAAUAUUUUGACAUUUACGUCAAAGUUUAGUUUUCAGCUCUCGGCCAAAUUAAAAAAGCAUAGUUUUCUGAGAAAUGUUGUGCUGCUUGAUCUCAGAGUUUACACUCUGCACAGUGGUUAACCUUGUUUCUUGCAUCGACAAUUCCCCUGUUGUGUGACAAGUUGCUUUAUACCAAAAAUGUGAACGAAUUUACGUCACAACGGUGCAGUCAUCUCAUCGAUGUGCUGUUGUAAAUUGUUAUCGAGUGAGUACGUUAUUUUUGAUGCAUCAAAGUAAUAAUAACUUUAUUUUUAUACUGUUUUUACAUGUUUUCGAUGUGUUUUAGCAGCUGUCAGCCAUCUCUCGACUCGCAUGUAAGCUCGCUAUUUAGGAUUCAAACCUCAUCAUCUCUGAAUCAUCAACUUAACAAGCUGAGUGGAAUUAAUUAUUGACUCUUUGUUUUUCAUCUGAGCCAGAAAAGUGAUGUUUGAAUAAGCACCCCUGUGUAAGGCUCCCUGUGUUUAUGAUAGAGCAGUAAUUUUUAAUUUUUCACAUGUCCAACAUAAGAACAGAUCGCAAAACAAAAAUCCGAUGUUUUGUCACUUCCUGGUUUGUUGAUAUGUUUUAGAGAUGUGAGGUUUCUGCAGUAAUGCCAGUAACGAAGAACAUUAACAUUAUACAUCUAACCUGCUCUGUGUGUGUGUGAACGGGACAACUUCUACAGUACGUGUUAAAGUGCUAUUAAACCUAAUGUGGGCAGUUACAUUUCCAAUCCACAGACCACAAACAAACGCGGAGAUCUUGCUGCUAAAACUGGAGCGUCGGGACCGCUGGGACCGUUGACGGACAAUAAAUGAGAGAAACUUUGAAAACUCCUCUUUUUCUAUGUAUUUUUUAUUUAUUUAUUUUCUUGUGAUACAAUCAAGGGACUUUGGACCAGUGUCUCUUUGUCUACAUGUCCAACAUGCCUCCAUGGGACCAUCAUCAACCCAGUUUUCACUUCAGUCAGUUCAGGGUCGAUCUCAGACUCAAAGUGAUUAAAAAUCUGGUGCACUGAAGUGUGAUAGUGACGUAAGAUCCUGUUUGAACUGACUGAAGUGAGAGUGAGUUGAGCCCAGCCUCCAUACCCACUGCAGAAGCGGGUACAACAACACACACUGCCUCUGACGUAGUAUUGUGUAUGUACAGUAGGUGGUGGUUCAUGUCCUGUACUUUAUUGUUGUUGACUGUUCGAUUGCUCUUAAAGGGACAUUUGAUAUUUUUUAGACAGAACAAAUAUCUUGUAUUCACUUUAAUUUAAUUGUAUAGCAUUUUAUUUUACUGGUUCAUAAUGUUAGGAUUACACUUUGUGGGUGAGGUUUUAUUUUACAGGUCACAUAGUAUCCACUAGUUUUCUAGUGAGAAAUUAUUUGUAACUGCGUAUUUAUUGGAAGUUUCCCGUAAAGGACUCUGCAGCGUGAAACUGAAAAUAACUAGUGUUUGAUUGGUACUCUUGUAAUUACAAAAUUCCAGUUAAUUGCUGUUGAUUCUUGUAGACAGUGCAGGUCAGCUGAAUAUGCAAAAAUGUGGCAACAGGCAAACACACAAUUCAACAUAUAUGGACAAAGAAAGUUUCCAAAGUCCUCUGAACAUCAACAAAUGUUUAUAAACUCAACACAACUAAAGUUUUUGUCUAUUUUCUGUGAGCAGUACCAAAUUAUAUAGCUGAGUUCUUUCCAGGAAACUUGCUACAAAAAUAUUGGGAACUUACUGACCCCAAAAAUAAAACCUUAACUUUUAGUGUGCACCCAGGCACUAAUUAAGUUCCUGUGAGUUUUCCUCAGAAUAAUCUGUUUAGCCCCAUCACUUAAUCGUUGCCACCUGGAUCAGAACUUCCUGUCGCAGUUUACGAUGCUACUGCACUUUACUCCAUGGUAACAUUUAGUCUAAACCAAAGAAACUGAAGCCUGAUUAAAGAUGUAAAAUUGCAUGUUAAAUGUGAGGAUUUUUUUUUGGCAACACUGGUUAGUGAGACAGAAAAAAGUUAUGAACACAUUUGUUGUUUUGCUAACUUUAAUCAUAACAAGAAAAAGGGUUAGCUUACAUAUGUUAUUUUGCUAACAUAAGUUUAAUAAAAUGGUAAUUUUUUUAGCUAAAGUACAGAUUAUUUUGCUAGCUUUAGUUAAUUUUAGGUAAAGUAAAAUUUGUGUUUCUUUUCUGCUAGUAUUAGCUAAUGAAAAGACCAAUUUUAGCUAAAGUAAAGGCUGUUUUGCUAACAUUAGCUAAUGGAAUGACCAAUUUUAGCUUAUAGAAAGGUUGUGUUGCUAACUUAAGCAAAUUUUAGCUGUAGUAAAAAUUUGUUUUGCUAGUAUUUGCUAAUGGAAUAACCAACUUUAGCUAAAGUAAAGGCUGUUUUGCUAACAUUAGCUAAUGAACUGACCAAUUUUAGCUAAAGUAAAGGCUGCUUUGCUAAUAUUACCUAAUGGAAUGACCAAUUUUAGCUAAAGUAAAGGCUGUUUUGCUAACAUUAGCUAAUGAACUGACCAAUUUUAGCUAAAGUAAAGGCUGUUUUGCUAACAAUAGCCAUCGGAAUGACCAAUUUUAGCUUGUAGAAAAGUUGUGUUGCUAACUUCAGCAAAUUUUAACUGCAGUAAAAAUUUGUUUUGCUAGUAUUAGCAAAUGGAAUGACCAACUUUAGCUAAAGCAAAGGCUGUUUUGCUAACAUUAGCCAAUGGAAUGACCAAUUUUAGCUUGUAGAAAAGUUGUGUUGCUAACUUCAGCAAUUUUUAGCUGAGGUAAAACUUGUUUUGCUAGUAUUAGCUAAUGGAAUGACCAAUUUUGGCUGAAGUACAUGCUGUUUUGCUAUCAUAGCUCAUCAUAUGACCGAGUUUUGCUAAUGUCAAAGAUACUUCUUUUGGUCAUGUUUGUUAUUAAAGAAACAAUGUCAGCUCAUCUUAAAGUUCUUUUGCUAACAUUAGCCAAUGACAUUGCCAGUUUUAGCUAAUGUAAAUUUUUGUUCUUUUGCUACCUUAGCUAGUGAAGAAACAAAUCUCAGCUCAUGUAGAUAUUUAGUUUUUUGUUAAUUUUACAGAGUGUAAGCACCAGUUUUAGAUCAUGUAAAGUUGUUGUGCAGUCAGAAGUUCAAAGCUUUUUUGAAUUAAUUAAUUAAUUAGCUUGCAUUUAAGAACAGAUGGCAGCAAAUUAAUUAAUUAAAACUAUUUCCUGCACAUUAAUGAAUAAACACUGAUUUGUCAUUUGCACUGUGCCGUAGAGGUAAUGCCUCAGUAAAUGUGACAGAAGGUCCUGAUCUGCUGGAGUGCAAAAUUACUUGGAUAAGUUACAGGUGGAAACAUUCAAACUGCUUUUACAUUAUUUAAAGCUUUUCAAAGACACCAAAUCUGCCAGUAAACUUUUAACUCAAGGAGAAUAACGAUUAGCUCAUCAACUAGCCAGCAGAUUCAUUUGGCAAGGACAUUCAUGCUAAUGCUAACAUGCUAACAGUAGUUUCUGAUACAUUAGUGUGCUGUCAAACAACCAGACAGUGUUGGAAACGAUAUGAACCAGAUACUUUUAGGACCAGUUUAUUUUGUGCAAAUUUUAAAGUGAAACUACCACAUUAAAAUAAAAAAUGUCAGUGUCCCUUUAAACUUCUGCUGUGUGGGCGUUACAGCUCAGUCAGAGUACACCUGAUGCUAAAUAGUGUACGUACGGUACGUGGUUUUUUAACUGUAUUACUAAUCAACUUGAAUGUUGUAAUAGUCUGGAACAUUAGCCACUGAGUAGUGCUGUAACCUCUUUAUCUACUCUAUCUACAUAUAUAUUGUUACCUGUAAUCUGUACAUAAACACUGGACAUAAAAACAAUGGCGCUCUGA